AGAAAUUUAUAAACAAGUCCUCAAGGAUCAUAUCGAUGGCCAAGUCAUUUAGUAGAGAGUUUUAAAUGUUUCCUCAGUUGUUAUUCAUUAUUCCACGCUUAACACUUUUUUUCCGGAUAUACAAGUACAAAAAGAAUUGUUUUUUUUCCAAAAUAUGUUUUGAAAUUCUUUAAGAAAUCAAUUGCCAUUCUGAAUCGGUCAAAAAAGUAAAAAGUUUAUUAUGCAAUUCCAUUCAUCUAGGAAGAAAUUCAGUUCAAUUCAAAGAUCUAAAUAUCAAAUGUGGUCGCAGGAUUCAAUAAUUGAAUUCGGGAUUUGCAUUAAAAUUAAAUAAUGCAAUCGCCGCUGCCAUGCUGCUGACACUUGAACGUCUGGACAACGGUUAAAAAGGAGUUAUAUUUUUUUUUUUGGUCUAAUCGGUUUAUCGGGAGACAAACGACACGAGAGAGAGACAGAGAAUGCCGAGCACAAGGCCGCUCGGUUUUUGGCUAUUCGUUGUUUGUGCUGCUGCCAGUCCAAUUGGCAACGACCAUCAUCAGCUGUAUGGCAUUCACAGCGAUCAGCUGGUGGCUGGCCAGGGUGAGCUAGUAAUACCGCAUCGUGUCUAUUCGAAUGGUGUCUAUAUGACCAAAAAGUUGAGCUAUUUCCAUUCAUAUGAUCAUCGCAAGCAUAGGCAAAGAAGGAGUCUACAAACGGACCAAACGAAAGCGGAAACGGAACAAGAACCAGAAUUGCAUUUGCAUAUUCCGCUUAGCAAUGGAACUUUACAUUUGGAGUUGACAGCUCACAAUUAUUUUCUAUCACCACAUUUGGUGGUGGAACGUCAUCGUCGGGAACUGAGAACACGUUCGCAUCUGUCUGACAAGCAUUUGAAUUGUCAUUUCCAUGGCAAAGUUCGUGGCGAACCGCUGGCAAAUGUGGCCAUUUCCACUUGUGGAGGAUUGGUGGGUCACAUACGUACGGCCAGCAAUGAGUACUUCAUUGAGCCAUCCAAACAGCAUACCGAACACCCCAUCAAUGGCCAUCCACAUGUGGUAUUCCAACGAUCCUCGGUCAGGCCAAAGCAGCACAAACGCAAGGAUCAUCACUACCAUCAUCUGCAUCAUCAUUAUCAUCAUCAUCAGGGAGAAGGCAAUUGCGGGACUAGAGAGCCACGACGAUCACUGGAAACCCGCCUCGAAUGGCAGUCACGUGGCAAAGUCAAAAUCCAAGGCGGACGUCAGAUCCGUCGACAUCGCCAGCACCAUCAACGACAGCGGCAACGUCAUCGCCAGCACUUGCAUACGAAAUUCAAAUACGAAACCCAAUCUCAGCGCUCUAGACGCUCCAUUAGCAGUCCCCGUCAUGUGGAGACUCUGAUUGUGGCCGAUGCCACAAUGACAGCCUUUCACAAGGAUCUUAAUCGCUAUCUGCUGACCAUUAUGAAUAUGGUCUCCGCCCUCUACAAGGAUCCAAGCAUUGGCAAUUCCAUUGAAAUUGUUGUCGUACGCAUCAUUCAGCUGGACGAGGAUGAGACCGAACAGGAGCUGAAUCUCACACAGAAUGCCCAAAAGAAUUUGGAUCGCUUCUGCAAUUGGCAACACAAACUCAAUAAGGCCAAUGACAUGGAUCCACAUCAUCAUGAUGUGGCCAUAUUGAUAACCCGUAAAAAUAUUUGCGGUAACAAUUGCAAGACACUCGGAUUGGCCAACGUGGGCGGCAUGUGCAAGCCGAGGCAGUCGUGCAGCGUCAAUGAGGACAACGGCAUCAUGCUCUCCCACACAAUUACGCAUGAACUGGGCCACAAUUUCGGCAUGUUCCAUGAUACGGCGAAAAUUGGUUGCCAUCCCCGAGUCGGCCCCAUUGUGCAUAUAAUGACUCCGACUUUUGGAGCCGAUACCCUGCAGGUUUGCUGGUCGAACUGCAGCCGAAAGUACAUCACACACUUUCUCGAUCAGGGACUGGGCGAGUGUCUCGACGACUCGCCGACUCCGUUGGACGAGUACAAUUAUACGGGCGAGUUGCCAGGCGCUCGCUACAAUGCCAAGGGCCAGUGUCGCAUGCAAUUCAAUCUGACGAAUGAUAGUGAUGUGGGGGCCUGUUCGGCUCCGCAUGAAUUCUGCUCGACACUGUGGUGUCGCGUCAAUGGCGAAUGCGUGACCAAUAUGCGGCCAACGGCUCCGGGCACCAGUUGUGGCAGAAAUAAAUGGUGCCAGAACGGCAAAUGUGUGCGCCGCGAGGAACUGCAGGCCAUCAAUGGCGGCUGGGGCAAUUGGAGCGAGUGGAGCGAAUGCUCGCGAAGCUGCGGCGGUGGGGUAUCUACCCAGCAGCGUGAAUGCGACUCACCUGUGCCGGCCAACGGCGGUGUCUUUUGCAUUGGCGAACGCAAACGCUAUAAAAUCUGUCGCAAGAGAUCCUGUCCAAGUGAGGAGCCCAGUUUUCGGGCCCAGCAAUGUGCGAGCUAUGAUAAUGUCACCUAUCAAGGUGGCACAUACAAAUGGUUGCCCUUCUUCGAUAAAAAUAAUCCUUGCCGAUUGUUUUGCAGCGAUGUCGAUGACACGAUCAUAGCCAAUUGGGGUGGCACCGUACUCGAUGGCACGCCCUGCACUCUGGGCACCAAUAACAUGUGCAUCGAUGGCAUCUGCAAGAAAGUUGGUUGCGAUUGGAUCGUUGACUCGGACAUGCAGGACGAUCGUUGCGGUAUCUGCGGCGGUGCUGGCGAUCAGUGUAAGCCGAUAAAGGAGAUCUAUGCGGAACCCUUUCAGGUGCCCGAUGGCUCCUAUGUCGAGAUAGUUAGCAUACCAGCACGUUCCCGUCACAUUGUGAUCAAGGAGUUGGUCAAUUCGCCACAUUUUCUGGCCAUCGGCCGGUCAGAGGGCGGUGAAAAGUUCUAUUUGAAUGGCGAUAGUCUGAUCUCUAUGCCCGGUGAAUAUGUGAUUGCCGAAGCGGAAAGUCUAUACGAUCGUAUUGAUGAGCAGGAGACAAUCAAAAUACCUCAGCCCAUUCACCAUGCCAUAGCCAUAUAUGCAAUUGUACGGGGCAAUGAGAGUAAUGCCGGCAUCUACUAUGAGUUCACUUUGCCGGCAUUCGAUGUCAGUGCUGCUGCUGGGGGACAUCAUCAGCCGUUGCAUCAUCAGUAUGCCUGGCGUCUGGGCAACUGGACAACCUGCUCGGCCACCUGUGGCGGUGGUGUACAGCAUCGUGAUCCCAUAUGCCAGGAGAAUGGCAAGGUACUGAGCGAUAAGCUACCCUGCUGGACUCUGGCGAAAAACAAGCGUCCUUUACGUCAGACACGAUCCUGUGCUGAGCAACAAUGCCCGGCACAUUGGUGGCCAGGUCCUUGGCAAUUCUGUCCAGUUACAUGCCGUCAGCCGGACGCCACGCCUCAGCGGCGUCGAUCCAUUGUCUGUCUCGAUCAGCAUGAUGUUGUUGUGGCCGAUACACAAUGCGAUCAAUUGACCAGGCCACCGGAAACGGAACCCUGCGAAUCAACGCUGCCCGAUUGUCGCAAUCGGGAGUGAUCAUCACAAGUGAUCCUAAUCGGUGAUCGCAUUAUUUAUUUAAAAAAAAAAAAACAAUCGUAUUUAUUUAACAAAUAAGCAUUUUGAUAGUCGAGCAAUGACCAAGUUGUACUUAAAUCAACAAAAAAAAACAAACAAUACACGAAAAUUUAACUUAAUUUACAUGUAAUUUUUAGCUUAUCGUAAAUAGUUGAUAGAAUAUAAUAUAUAUAUAUAUAUAUUUAUACAGUAGACGCUCGCAAAUUAGAAUCACCUCGGCUAAUUCUAAUAUUUCUGAAAAAUUCUAAUUUCUGAACGUAAUUUUAUGCCAAUAUAAAUAAAUAAUAUUUAAACUUUGA